AACAGUCUCAGUACAUAUUUACAGGGAACAUACAUAGGUCAGCUUACUUUUUUUACUCACACUUACCUUUUCCAUCCUGUUUUGUAGACAUGACUUCUGUUCUCCAGCCCCGAGAAUGCAAAGUGACCAAAAAACCCAAGAAGAGCUAUGGAUUUUUCCUACGUGUGGAGAAAGACACAGCAGGACAUCUCAUCCGGAACGUGGAAAAGAACAGCCCUGCUGAAAAGGCUGGCUUGAAGGAUGGAGACAGAGUCCUCAGGGUUAAUGGUGUGUUCGUAGACAAGGAGGAACAUACAAAGGUGGUGGAAAUGGUAAAGAACAGUGGGAAUUCUGUUGUAUUUCUUGUUUUGGAUGAAGCAUCUUAUAAAAAGGCAGAAAAGGAGGGAGCGAAUCUGGAAGAGCUGGGUCAAAAGGUAUCAAAAGGAAAGAAGCAGCAGCAGCAGCAGUCCACACAGCCCAUGGCCAAUGGAGCAAUCACCACAGUUCCACAACCACGGCUCUGCUACUUAGUGAAGGAGGAAAAGGGGUAUGGCUUCUCCCUGAAAACCACAGAAGGUCAGAAGGGGUUGUUCAUAGUAGAUCUGACAUCACAAGGAGCAGCUGCAAAGGCGGGUGUCCAAAAUAAAGAUCGCCUGAUUGAAAUCAAUGGAAAAAAUGUGGAAAAUGACACACAUGAGGAGGUUGUGGAAAAGGUAAAGAAGUCUGGAAAUCACAUUAUGCUUCUACUUUCAAAUGAAGAAACAGACCGCUAUUAUACAAGCCAGAAAAUGGUGCUGAGCAAAGAGAACGCCAACCUAAAACUCCUUCCUCUUAAACCAAAACUUAUUGAGCUUCAGAAAGGAAAAAAUGGUUAUGGCUUUUAUCUACGGAUGGAACAAAACACUGGUGAUCAUGUAAUCAAAGAUGUUGAUUCCAAGAGCCCAGCAGCCAAAGCAGGUCUCAAAGAUGAUGAUAUCCUGGUAGCUGUCAAUGGUGAGCGAGUGGAUGCACUGGAUCAUGAAAGUGUAGUGGGAAAGAUUAAGCAGUCUAAGGAAAAAACCACCUUGUUGGUAGUGGAUAAGGAGACCGACUCCAUGUAUAAACUGUUUUCUUUGUCACUGUUUUUUCAGGCUCAAAUCUCCCCCUAUUCAUAUUACUACAAAGUACAAAACCCACCUCCAGUAAAAGCAGAGGAAAGAGUGGAGUUGCACACUGAACAGAAAGUGAACCACAAGCCAAGAGUCUGCAAGAUGGUAAAAGGGCCGAGUGGAUUUGGCUUCAAUCUAAACAUGGUCAAGAACGAACCUGGACUAUUUAUUAAUGAGGUACAAAGACAUGGACCAGCUGAUGUAGCAGGGGUAGAAAAUAAUGAUGUUUUGGUGGAAGUAAAUGGGGUGAAUGUGAUGAAUGAGCCCUAUGACAACGUCGUGGCAAGAAUCAAAGAGAGUGGUGAUAAAGUAACGCUACUGGUGUGCAGUAAAGAUGCUUACAAAUACUUCCAGGACCAGAACAUUCCCAUCACAGACUCUAUGGCAGAUCCAGCCCAAGACACUUCUGAACCUCCUGCUUACACAGAAACCUCAGUAGCAGAGUCAGAGAGAACCUCACCUGAACCAAGAGAAAGGGUAAGCAUUACUGUAUUAAACAAAUGCCAAGGGAUCAUUGAGGAGAUAGUAAAAGAACCUCCUAUAACUGCUGUGUAUAACUGAGCUAAGAUCCUCAAUUUUUACAAGUCAGUCCAAGUUAUCAAGAGGGAAGCUGUGAUAUGAUUACUGUAAACAACUCUUUCUUUCCCCAGGCAUAAUGCAGGUGAAUAUCUUUAAUGCACAAUUAAAUUACAGAAAGAAUGCACACACAGGAGACUAUGGAACAAGACAAUCUACACAAUCCAAUCCUCAAGGAAGCAAUACUGUCCUUUAAGUGCAAAAAAAAAAAAAAAG